AUGCCUCCCAAGAUCGAGGCCAAGGAGAUUGAGACGUACUGGAAUAUCUUCUCCGAUCGCACGGGUGGCGGCCAGUACCUCACGGGAGAGCAAGCCGCUCCUGUGCUGAAGAACAGCGGCCUGCGCGAUGACCAGCUGGAGCGAGUCUGGGACCUCGCCGACGUCGACAACGAUGGCAACCUCGACUUUGAGGAGUUUUGCGUCGGCAUGCGCCUCAUAUUUGACAUCUUGAACGGCGAAUAUGUCGACGUGCCCCAAUCGCUGCCGGACUGGAUGGUGCCCGAGUCCAAGGCUCAUCUGGUGCAAGCCAGCCGGGCGAUCACGGGCAAGCAAGCACGCUUCGAGCAGGUGGAGGACGACUCGGAUGACCAGGGACUCAAGGACGGUUUCGAAUGGUACAUGAACCCGCAGGACAAAUCCAAGUACGAGCAGAUCUACCAGGAGAACCGUGACAUGCGCGGAGAAGUAUCAUGUUCGUCCGCCUGCCCCUGCCAUCGAUGUCAUCGUCGGCUAACCGAGUCUCGCCUCGACCCAGUCCACGCCCUCGGCGACCUGUACGAGUCUCUCGACGUGCCGGACACGGACGUCCGCUCCGCCUGGAACCUGGUCAACCCGUCGGCCGGGUCGAGCAUCAACAAGGACGCCUGCCUCGCUUUCCUGCACAUCCUCAACAACCGCCACGAGGGCUUCCGCAUCCCGCGCUCGGUGCCGGCGUCCCUGCGGUCGAGCUUCGAGAGGAACCAGAUCGACUACCAGGUCGACAACCAGCGAAGCGGACCUGCAUCCUCGCGAUGGGCCACCAAAGCGGACGAAGGCACGGCGACGGGGCGCAAGGCCAAGUUUGGCGACCAGUACCUCACCCGGCUCGGCCGAGGCGGCUUCAAGGCCGCCGGCACCGACUUUUCGACGGAGAAGACGGAGGACUGGGAGGAGGUGCGGCUAAAGCGCCAGCUGCAGGACCUGGAUGCCAAGAUUCGCAAGGUGGAAGAGAUUGCGGAGCGAAGGACGGGCGGGAAGCGCGACGCCAAGCCGGCGCUCGUCAAGCGGGAGCUGGAUCAGCUGCUCGAGUACAAGCGCGGCGAGCUGAGGGAGCUGCAGGAGGGCAAAGGCAAGAGCGCGGCAGGAGGGCAGCUCAAAGGCAUAGCGGACGACCUGCAAACGGUGCGGGAGCAGGUCGAGGGCCUCGAGGCGCACUUGCGGUCACGGCAGACGGUGCUGGACGACGUGCGGAGGCAGGUUGAAGCCGAGAAGGCUGGCUAG